GUGAAUUGCUACAGCUCGGUGAAGGACACCAUCUACAACUAUGGGGCCCUGACCAUCGAUGGGGACGAGUAUAUCCCCUUUGAGAAGUACAGGGGGAAGAUGGUGCUCUUUGUCAACGUGGCUACGUACUGAGGCUUGACCCUGCAGUAUGUUGAACUGAAUGCACUACAAAAUGAGCUGGCAGACCAAGGGCUCGUGGUCCUUGGCUUCCCCUCCAACCAAUUUGGGAAGCAGGAACCUGGCCAGAACUCAGAGAUCCUCCCUGCGCUGAAGUAUGUCCGGCCAGGAGGUGGCUUUGUCCCCAACUUCCAGAUCUUCCAGAAAGGGGAUGUGAACGGGGCAAAGGAACAGAAGGUCUUCACCUUCCUGAAGAACUCCUGUCCCCCGGUGGCAGAGGAGUUUGGGAACCCCAAAAACCUCUUCUGGGAGCCUCUGCGGAACCAUGACAUCAAGUGGAACUUCGAGAAGUUCCUGGUGGGCCCUGAUGGUGUGCCUGUCAUGCGCUGGUACCAUCGUGCCAACAUCUCCGUCGUGAAGAACGACAUCAUGGCCUACCUGCGGCAGCGGCAGUCGGAGCAGUCAGACCAGUAG